AUGGUUUCUCGAAUGAAGUUGAUGAUUGGAGAGGAAGAUAAGUUCCAAGGAAAAGCAUUGGCCCUAUCGCAUACAAAGAGUGCAAUUAGUACGAUAAAGGAGAAAUUCAGUGAGCAACAGCUACGAACCUUCGAAGACAGUUGUUUUGGUCACUUCCUACUAAUUGAGGACUUGAAGUGGACGUCGCCAAUUGUACACGGAUUGUUGCUGAGAAAGGCUGAUCCAAAGACUGUUUCCCAAGUGAACGGGAUCAAAUUCAUCGUUGGCAACAAGGUGAUCCAAUUCACACCGCAGCAAUUUUGCCUCGUCAUAGGGCUAAGGUUUGGAAACCUUCCCUUUAUUCCCAUUCCCAGUAAUGACAACUGCUCAUUGAAAAGGAACUACUUUGGCAACAAUAAAACAGUCAGCCUUUUGGAAUUAGAAAAAGCCUUCCGCGACUGCGCUGAUGCGGAGGAUGUAUUGAAGCUCGGAUUUGUAUACUUCGCUGUGUUUGUGCUGUUGGGCAGUGAAAAACAUGUCCACAUUGACAUGCGACAUUUGAAGUUGGCGGAAGACCUUGAAGAGUUUGGGAAAUAUCCAUGGGGUGCUGUGUGUUAUGCGAAGACAAAUGCGUCACUUCUGAGGGCACUUUGUGCAGAUUACCAGCGAGUGAAAGUGCCCACAAAAGCUGCGAAAACAAAAAAAUCUAAAAAGAAAGUAAAGACAACGACAACUGGUAGACCAAGAGAGUACCACCUCAAGGGUUUUGCCUUUGCACUUCAGGUGAGCAAUUUUCCAGGGUUUAGUUAA